GUGGAGCUGCAGCCGAAGCAGCGCUGAAGGUGAGAGUGAUGGCGGCGGCGAGGGCGAUCGGUUCUAAUUUGGCUAAAAAUCUGCGGGAAAUCCGCCUCCAUUUCUGCCAGACCUCACCUGCGAGCCAGGGAGCCAGGCAGUUUGUUGAACAGUACUAUGUGCCGCUGAAGAAGGCGAACCCUGAAUUCCCCAUCCUGAUCAGAGAGUGCUCUGGAGUUCAGCCCAAACUGUGGGCCCGAUAUGCGUUUGGUAAAGAGCGAAGUGUCGCGCUGGACAACAUGAAUGCAGAGCAGGUGGCAAAAGAGCUCGAGAAAGUCGUCAACUUAAAGCCAUGAGCCUCUUCUACGUGUUUCCUGCUUCUUGUUUGUGUAAAAUUGUAAUUAUUAUAUGCAAAUAUGUGUUAAAAUAAAUGAUAACCUCAAACUACAAA